AUGAACACAUCUCAAUCACAUCAUUUACUCAUUACGUCAGAGUACCUUAUUGAUCAAGAAAAGUAUUUAUAUUGGAUUCUGUUGCAUAUGUACGGAGAAUUAUGCAUUGUAGCGGCUAUAAUGUUAGCAACAGGUUCAAUGUUCAUCUCAUAUCUUCUACAUACCUGUGGAAUGUUUAGAAUUGCUAGUUAUCGUAUCAACCAUGCAGUAAAUAUUAAUAUCCUACAAAAUAUUACGUUAAAAAAUAAGGUUUUCAUGACCGAGAGCAUAAUUUGUGCUAUAGACAUUCAUCGUCAAGCUAUGAAGUUGUCCAAGCAUUUAGUGUCCUCAUUCGAGAUAACGAUGCUUUGUUUCACUGGAGGAAUAGUUGUUUCCUUUACCCUCAAUUUGUAUCGAUGUACGAUAAUCAAUUAUACCUCGAGAGCACAAUGCUAUGUCAAAUCAAAUAUCGUUGAUACGGUUAACAACAAAGAGCUUUUUUGGUAA